AGGCCGUGAAUACAAUUCCUUCCUCACAAAGAGUCUCGCAGAUCAGCCAAGGAGACCAGCUCAGCGCCUGCGACUCUGCUUGCAAAUCCACAGGGGCCCGUGCCGUGCGCGGCCGCCGGAGGAAGGAGACGCGAAGCCUCUCCGCGCGUCGCGUCGCGCUCGCUUCACAACCGCUCGCUUGGCGGCGGCCGCGGUAGCUUCGCCGCUUUCCCACAUCUGGUCCCCGCCGCCGCCGUUGCCACAGCCGCCACAAAUACCCCGAACAGCGGUUGCCUCUUCUUCGUACUCCUUCGACGUUUCAACGCGGGAUCCGCUAGACCGACGGACCGGGAGCCAUGGGAGGAAGCCCGUCGAGGAGCAGCCCGCGGGACGGGAGCUGCCACGGGCGGGGCUACGGCCACUCGCGCUCCUUCGGCCAGCCGGCGGGGGCACCGCCGCAGUAUGGAGGCUACUACCCGCAGGACCCGAGCGCGGGCUACUACCCCGCGCCGCAGCAGGGAGGGGGGUACGCCGCGCCCUACGCGGCCCCGGCGUACCAGGCCCCCGCCGCUGCCCCGCCGCCGCAGGCCGCGAAGCCGCGGCAGCUGGACCGCCGGUACUCGCGGAUUGCCGACGAUUACCACUCGGUGGACCAGGUUACUGAUGCCCUAGCUCAAGCUGGGCUUGAAUCGUCAAAUCUUAUUGUCGGCAUUGAUUUCACAAAGAGCAACGAGUGGACAGGGAAAUUCUCCUUUCAUGGACGUAGUUUACAUCACAUUAGCAGCACACCAAAUCCUUAUGAACAAGCCAUCUCGAUCAUAGGGCAGACAAUGUCAAAAUUUGAUGAAGACAAUUUGAUCCCAUGCUUUGGAUUCGGAGAUGCAUCAACACAUGAUCAAGACGUCUUCUGUUUUUAUCCUGACGAGAGACCUUGCAAUGGCUUCUCAGAAGCUCUGCAUCGAUAUAGGGAAAUUGUACCACAUUUGCGCUUAGCUGGACCAACAUCCUUUGCACCAAUUAUUGAGAUGGCUAUGACCAUUGUGGAGCAAAGUGGUGGGCAAUACCAUGUUCUAUUGAUAAUUGCCGACGGGCAGGUUACGCGGAGUGUAGAUACUGCAUCUGGACAGCUAAGUUCGCAAGAGCAGAAGACUGUUGAUGCCAUUGUGAAGGCCAGUGAACUGCCUUUGUCCAUCGUGUUAGUAGGAGUUGGUGAUGGCCCCUGGGACAUGAUGAAGGAAUUUGAUGACAACAUUCCUGCUCGAGCUUUUGACAAUUUCCAAUUUGUGAAUUUCUCGGAGAUAAUGUCCAAGAACAUGCCACAAUCAAGAAAAGAGGCUGCAUUUGCUCUUUCUGCGUUGAUGGAGAUACCACAGCAGUAUAAAGCAACCGUGGAAUUAGGAAUUUUAGGUCGUCGCUCUUUCAAGUCUCCUGACAGGGUUCCUCUGCCGCCUCCUGCUGGAAUCGAUGAUGCUUAUUCCUAUUCAUCUAAAAGCUCUAGUAAGCCAACCACCUACACACAGAGUUCAUCAUCCUCAUCACCGUAUCCUCGCUACGAAAAUCCACAUAGCGCCACCCCAGCUGCGCCUACGUCCACUUAUGACAACCAGGUCUGCCCUAUCUGCCUUGUGAACCCCAAAGACAUGGCCUUUGGCUGUGGACACCAGACCUGCUGUGACUGUGGACCGAGUCUCGAGUUGUGCCCAAUCUGUCGCACUCCCAUCGCCACAAGGAUAAAGCUAUACUAGCAAGUGGUGGUUUGGAUCAUUGCAAAAUGGGUGGUAUACUGGAGCCACCCUGCGUCACCGAGACCGGGACAGCACGACCCAUUUGCAAUCCGUCCAGUGAGGCCCCCCCACCACGGACCAAUUCAGGCCGAGGACUGCAGGGCCGCCGAUCUCCAAGAUGGAGCAGGGUUGUCCCAAGUAUUGAUGCCCACCAGGAAUGGUCCGAACACAGUGCCAGGCAGUGGGUUUCAGAAUUUAUCGAGGGCUAUUUCCAAAGCAAUGGGGAAAAACACAAAAGAGAAGAAAGAGGAGAAAACGCAAAAAAAGUUGAUGGUGUGUUUUUGCUAUUGCGUGUUGGGCAAUGGCACUCAAUUGUGUGGUUGCUCAACCGACGACUUGUACAUAUGGAUAUUCGUUCGUUUCUGGUCUUCUGACAUCAGCGUUUAGAGGAUUCUUUGUGCCAGUGCCUUUUUGUUCGUCCGAAAUUUGUUAAUUUGAUUUGUUGCAUGUUGUAAAAAAAAUCCAAACAUAAAUUUCAUGUAAUGCGAAGUUAUAAACUGGCAAAACUGAUUGCUGGUUUACAACAGAUUGGGAUUUUGAUGCUGA